AUGAUAAUUUGUAAGCAUUCAAGGGCUAUUUCACAUUGUCAAAGCGAUAUCCUCAUCGCAUUUGUGAUGUCAUUGCGCAUUGCUUAUCCGUUUAUGGGUAGUGAGGCACAAAUUCAAUGUGGUCCCGAUUACAUGAAGGUGAUUGUGCCAAUGGAUGGGGACAGGAAGAUAUCAUAUCUCGACCAGUUAAAAGAAUAUUUGCCCUGUCAGCCAGUGAUAGAGGCCGAUGCAGCUACAUACAUGUUAGAUCUCCAGGAUUACCACAAGUGUGCCGUCACCCGAGUACUAAAUAAGAUCACUGGAAAACGAACAUACUACCACAAAAUAGUGAUAGAGACGUUAUCGGGCGUACGAGAAACUGUCACUGUCCGUUGUGUCGUCACGAACAAGCGAGCCUUGUCUAGAAGAGCGGUAGAACCUUUUCCAUUGGAUUUUAGUGAACCUGAGGUUCUUGACAUAACUCGAUACGAAGAAGGCCGAGCCCCCGAACCAAUCUUGGGGGCAGUCGUCAAACAGAAUGGAAAACAAGUAUCAGGUGAGAUCUCCGUCAGCCCUGGGACUCCUUUAUCCAUGGAAAUAUUCCUGGAUAACUCCUCAGCACCCGUAUAUGGAUUAUUGGUGAGCUACAUGCAUGUGACAGACACGGGUAAACAGCAGGAGACCAUAAUAUUUAAUGGAUGUUCGAUCGACCCCUACCUUUUUGACAACUUCCAAACCAACGACGGUGAUAACUUGACAGCCAAAUUUAGGGCAUUCAAGUUCCCCGAUACGACCUAUGUGCAAUUUAAGGGUACUGUUACAGUAUGCCUCGACAAGUGUCAAGGGGUGCAAUGCAGUAACGGCGUAACAGCGUAUGGUAGGAAACGGCGCUCAAUAGCUACAAACGCUGACAGUAACAAAGUGUAUGAAGUGUCGCUUACAACGUUUAUUAAAGUUGACUAUUUAGACGGAGAUAAAGAAGCAGAAGACGUAUUUGGCUUGAUAAAAAAUUUGAAAGUAGCAAACCAGCUUUUGGGUGACAGAAAUGGAACUCCAGCUACCGUCGCCGAGCACACCCAGGACAACCAAUUAGUGUUACAGCAAUCCGGUGGUAGUGUAGCCACGUUUAGUGUUUUAUUAUUGAUCGCUAGUAUAGCUUUAUUAUUUAAGUAA